AUGUACGAGUUUGAUGACGAACUACUUGAUGAUUGGCAAGAAAUUCUUCAAGAUAAUGACAUGUUUGAUAUGAUUGUAGAAAAUUUGUCACUUUCACAAUUACAGGACUCAUUAAUAGAUGAGCAUGACAUGUCUUCAGACUCUCAAGAUGAAGAAAUCAUUGUAUCUGUGUUAAAGUAA